AUGGGCUCCACUAGUCAGACGACAGGGCAUCGAGUCGUUGCGCCCAGUGUGCAUAUCGACUGGUCGCUGUAUGGAGGUCUAGAGACGGCCAAGGAGAUCCAAAGGGAUUCUGUGGCUGGUCGGCCUUGGAUGCCACACAUAUCGGACAAGCCGUUGCCGUCCGAUGACUUUUUGUGGUCCCUGAACGAAGAGCCUCACAGGACACGCCGCCUAGCCAUCCUCAAGGCUCACCCUGAGAUCAAGAAGCUUAUGGGACAUGAGCCACUUACCAAAUAUGUUGCGACAGGCGUCGUGGUACUCCAAAUUGCCAUCGCUGUCACUGUAACGUACCUUGGAUGGCAUCCUUUGGAUUGGCGGACUCUUCUUAUUGCCUACACCAUCGGAGGCAUUUGCAACCAGAACAUUUUUCUCGCUAUUCAUGAAAUAACUCACAACCUUGCAUUCAAAAGCAUUGUGGCAAACCGUCUGCUAGCUAUCUUUAUCAACCUUCCUGCUGCUGUGCCAUUUGCCAUGACAUUUAAACCCUAUCAUAUUGAGCACCAUAAGCAUUUGGGCGAAGAUGGAAUUGAUACGGACAUGCCCACACGCUUGGAAAUGUUGAUUCUCAACAACGUCCUUGGAAAAGCGUUCUUUGCCACUUUCCAGCUGUUUUUCUAUGCGAUUCGCCCUGGGUUUAUUCGCGUGCAAAAGCUGAAUCGUUGGAAUUUCCUCAAUAUCGGCGUUCAGCUCGCCUUUGAUGCUCUGUUGUGCCAUUUGUGUGGCUCUCUAACGCCUCUGUAUUAUCUUCUUCUAAGCUCGUUCUUUGCAGGGUCCCUUCAUCCCGUGGCUGGCCAUUUCAUUGCUGAACACUACAUGUUUAGUAACAUUGAACAAGAGACAUGGAGCUAUUACGGGCCACUGAAUGUCCUUUUGUACAAUGUCGGCUACCACAACGAGCAUCAUGACUUCCCCUCUGUGCCAUGGACGCGUCUCCCAGCUGUGCGGGCUAUCGCUCCUGAAUUCUACAAUGUACUUCCCUACCAUACGUCCUGGACAAUGGUGAUUCUUGAAUUUAUUUUCAGUCAUCACUCUGGAAUGAACAAUCGAGUUAAACGGCAGCCUAAGUUUAAAAAACUACACACAGAAAAGCCUGUGGAAGACAUGCCAAACCAUACGGGAUGGGAAAUGCAGGACUCUAAGACGAGUUGA